UAAAGUAGCCAACAGGUUGACAUGUGCUAUGAGUUGCUGCAAAACAGUCAGUAGUUGCGGCUUCUUCUUUUCUAAAGCUGGACGUUGUCAGUGUCUAAAGGAGUACGGGGGCUAUGAAAUAUGGACAGCAAACCUCAAGAGAAUUAGUGCAUCGUACAUUGGAUGUUACCACGAUGACUUUGACCGAGUACUUCCACACGGUAUCAUGCAGAACGUGACAGACCUGACAACUGAAACCUGCAUGCAGCACUGCCAUAGCAUCAACUACAUCUACUUUGGAACUGAGUGCACAAGUCAAUGCUUCUGCGGUCAUGUUAUCAAACCUGGGCACGCCAAGGUACCCGACAAGGAAUGCAACAUGCCAUGUGCUGGUGACAGCAGCUUGCUGUGUGGAGGAUACUUUAGGACAUCCAUCUAUAAGAUUAACACUUAAAGUACCGUGUACAUCACUAUAAGCCUUCCCUUUGAACUAAUUCAGCCAUAUUGAGACGAGAGGUUUUACAUUAACAAUACAUGCAUUUAGCCUUACUGAA